AAAUCUCAUAGGGUAAACACUACUUCCUACUUAUAUAAAAGGUACUCAAACCACUGCUCAUCUUGUCUUGAAUCUGAGAUCUCAAGUUCCAGACAGAGCGUCUUUAUAGAAUUCAACAAAUUACAUGGAGAGGACACCACAUCGAAUUCUAUGGUUCGUCGUAAUCCAACUUUUCCUCAAGUUUGGCAACCAUGUUUUUGCAGGCACAGAUGAUUUCAUAAGCAUUGACUGUGGAGCAAGCAACGCAUACACUGACCCACAAACUAAAAUCUCGUAUAAGACAGACACAGGCUUUGUAGAAACAGGAACAAAUGCUAUGGUGGCACCUGAUAAAAGAUAUAGCAUAGAUUAUCUUUAUUUUGGGAGGCAAUUGCAAACGCUGAGAAGUUUCCCAGAAGGAAAAAGGAAUUGCUACAGACUGAAACCAAAACAGGGAAAAAACAACAAUUACCUUAUAAGAGCUUUCUUCACAUAUGGAAAUUAUGAUGGCAAAAAUCAGACUCCAUCUUUUGACUUGCACCUCGGCGUCAAUCACUGGACACCUGUUAAUCCUCCGUAUGAAGGUUAUCAGGUUGCGGAGAUUAUUCAUACUCCAACAACAGACACCAUAGAUGUUUGCCUUGUCAAGUCUGGAAAGGGAAUACCUUUCAUUUCUACAUUGGAGCUAAGACUCCUCGCCAAUUCUACUUACCUGAUUCCCUCCCCUUCUCAAUCACUGUUAAUCCUCGAUGCAAGAGUCGAUGUUGGCUACAUUAAUUCCACGACUUCAGAUGUGUUCAGCAGGUACAAGGAUGACAUCUAUGAUCGUUUGUGGCGCUAUGACGAAGUUUCUGAAGUGGAAGGAUGGCAUCCAUUCAACAGAUCUGUAAAUAUUGAUCGUGGAAGCACAAAUAAUUCUUAUAAAUUACCAUCGCAAGUUUUGAUAUCUGCAGCGCAAUCAUUGAAUCGCUCAUUUGCCUUAAACUUUGAUAGUGUUUCUGUCACUACAUUUGAAAAGCCAUUCACCUUUUAUGUCUACUUUCACUUUGCUGAAAUUGAGCAGCUUCUCCCAGGGCAAAAGAGAAUUAUCAAUAUUACUCUAAAUGAUGAAACCAUCCUCAACGAGCCUUUAUCUCUCGAAUACUUGAAACCACGGACAGUUUCUGCUGUCACAAAUCGAAUUGGUAUUCGUUUCAGCAUAAGCGCAACAUCAGAAUCCGACGCUCCUCCAAUCUUCAAUGCCUUUGAGAUUUAUAGAUCCAUAUCACCACUAACUUCCCCAACACAUGAAACAGAUGUGGAUGCCAUUCUGGACAUCAAGAACACAUACAAAAUCUCCAAAAUAGAUUGGCAAGGUGACCCAUGUGUUCCCGAGGAAUAUGCAUGGGAGGGACUUAGCUGCAGAUAUGAGUCCAACGUAAGGAUCACCUCAUUAAACUUGAGCACGAGCAACUUAACAGGAGAUAUAGCUACAUCAUUCUCGCAACUUACAGAGUUAGAGUCCUUAGAUUUGUCAUUUAAUAAUUUGUCAGGAUCAGUACCAGAAUUUCUAGCUGUGUUGCAAAAAUUGAGAGUCCUUAAUUUAAGGGGCAACGAGUUUACAGGUUCAAUUCCCAAGGCUCUUAAAGAAAAGUCAGACUUGCAAUUGAGGUUUCUCAUCUUUAUAUAUUAUUAUUAUUAUUAUUGUUUGUUCCAAUGUGACUAUUAACGCUAAUAAAAUUGAAUUGUCCCUUAGUUUGGCAGAUAAUAGUGGUCUUUGUCUGUUGGACUCAUGCAAAAACAAGUAUAUUAUUCCAAAAAGGAAGUUUGUUUUUCCACUUGUUACA